AUAAAUUUAAUUUAUAAACCCAAAACAUCAAUGGCGACUCAGCUCCUGAGACGACGAGUGACUCAGAUCCUUUCCCAUGGUAGCCCUAAACCUAUCUCCUUAGCCAGACCUUUCUCUUCGACCACCGAUACCAUCCGAGCCACUCUCUUUCCAGGCGAUGGAAUCGGCCCCGAGAUCGCCGAGUCCGUCAAACAGGUUUUUAGAACUGCUGAAGUGCCAAUUGAAUGGGAAGAACAUUAUGUCGGAGACCAAGUUGAUCCAAGAACUCAAAGCUUUCUAACUUGGGAAAGUCUAGAAUCAGUAAGAAAGAAUCGGGUAGGCUUGAAAGGUCCAAUGGCUACUCCUAUUGGUAAAGGUCAUCGGUCUUUGAACCUUACUCUAAGGAAAGAACUUAAUCUUUAUGCCAAUGUCAGGCCAUGUUAUAGUCUCCCGGGUUAUAAGACUCGCUACGAUGAUGUAAACCUUAUCACUAUUCGUGAAAACACUGAAGGGGAGUACAGUGGACUUGAGCAUCAAGUGGUGAGAGGUGUGGUUGAAAGUCUAAAGAUUAUUACUCGUCAGGCGAGUUUAAGGGUGGCUGAAUAUGCUUUUCAUUAUGCUAAGACCCAUGGAAGAGAGAGAGUAUCUGCUAUUCAUAAAGCCAAUAUUAUGCAGAAAACAGACGGUCUUUUUCUUAAGUGUUGUCGUGAAGUUGCAGAGAAAUACCCCGAGAUAACUUAUGAGGAAGUAGUCAUUGACAACUGCUGUAUGAUGCUUGUGAAGAAUCCAGCUCUCUUUGAUGUAUUGGUGAUGCCUAACCUCUAUGGUGACAUUAUCAGUGACCUUUGUGCUGGAUUGAUUGGGGGUUUGGGCUUAACACCAAGUUGCAAUAUCGGCGAGGGGGGAAUAGCACUUGCUGAAGCUGUUCAUGGUUCAGCACCUGAUAUCGCGGGAAAGAAUAUGGCAAAUCCAACUGCAUUACUAUUGAGUUCGGUCUCAAUGUUGCACCACUUGAACCUCCAUGACAAGGCUGAUAGGAUUCAGGAUGCCAUUCUCAACACAAUCGCAGAGGGUAAGUACCGAACUGCUGAUCUCGGUGGCACGUCAACAACAACCAAUUUUACUAAGGCUAUUUGCGAUCACCUUUAAAGUUUGUUCUUUGAAGCAUUUCUAGUUUUGCAUUGGAUUUCUUUGCAAUUUCUUCGUUAUGCUUUCCCUCGGCUUAUAAAUGUUUUCUUCUCUUAAUAAAAUCACAUCCGCGUUGAUGAGCUAUGGAGUUCAUCUUCUUAACUUAUCUUCAGCCAUGAUAAACAUAUGGCAUUAUUUAAAAUUCAUUAAACAUAGUUUGAU